CAUCCAACAACCAGUACAUCUACUGAUAAUCCCCUAUACCUCGACCUUGCUGCUUUAUAUCAACAAAGUCUCUUCCUGACGGUGCUCAGUCACGGCAUUCAUUGCCUGAAAUACCCCCUUUUCUGUCUUUUCUUUUCGCGUUAAUUCUUCGGUUUCGGUCUCGUUAUGUCUGUCCCUUCGACUCCUACUCGUCUUGCGGGACCGAGUCAUGCGCAUCCGGCAAAUUCCAGUCCGUCUGUGUAUGCUACUCCUCCCGGUUUCGCUGUUGCGUUUCAUCGGCACCCUCAACCUGCUCACCCUGGUCCUCGUCAUCAGCAUCAACAGGGUGGUGGCACCAAUGGUUUACAGAGUGACCGGGAUGACCCGACUAUGAUCUAUGUGGGUAAUAUUGGUUCUGACUUUCUGGCGGCGGUGAAGGAUAACGGCGUGAAGAACAUCUUCUCACAGUACGCUGCGAGCCUUUCCUGCCGUGUAUGGUACAGGGACAGCACAGAAACUAACUCUCGAGCAACAGGCACAAUCAUUUCUAUCUUCAGCAAAGUUCGUGACCCACCUCACCAUGACACUGCCUGGGCUUUGAUCAAGUUCUCAAGCACCGAAGAGGCCAGGCGAGCUAUUCAGGCGGGAGAACACGGGAUGUUGAUCUCAGGCAGGCCUGUGUAUGCUUCUUUGGGCCAAAUCCGUCCCCGUCGUGCUCCAACUUACAAGCAAAACAACCGACAGCAACAUCAGUCGCCCGGCCGGAUGCAUUAUCAUAAUCAAAUUCCUUACGAGAACCGUUCUCGUUGUCACGACUUCCGGAAUCGCAACACUUUCGGUGGGCCUCGCUUUCACCGUCCUCCUCCCGCAUGCAAGGAUCUCACCGUCAACAGCCUUCCUCCAACUCUCACCCCUAAGGAAUUGUACACCAUCUUCAUGGACCGCGUCCCAGACAUUAAGAUCGAGGGCACUUUCAUCUACGCUGUGCCGGAUGUCAGGGGCCUUCGAUUCGGUGAGGUCAACUUCCUUCACGAGAUGGAUGCUGAGAAGUCGCUGAAGAUGUGCAAUGGGCUCGUGGUUGGUGGGUAUCAGCUCGAGGUGUCAUACAAGACUUCGACGAGUGCGUAUGGCUCGCCGCCUGUACGUCCACUUUCAAACGUGGUCCUUCCGUCGAGGGAUCCAGAGCAGCAUCAACAUCAACACCAGCAACCACCAAAGUUCGCGAACGACCACAUUCCACAGCCCGGUCACCCGCAGCCGAUGUACCCCAUGCAAAUGCCAGAGCACGCUUCUCCUGCUCCGCCUGCUACUGGUCAUGGCUCCACUGGCACGUCCUCUCCAAUGCCUGUUCAGAUUACGUUCCUUCCUCACGGUUCUACGCCUAGUCCGCAGAACUCCACUAUCAUGGGGCUGAACGGCUCUCAGCACCCUUCGCACGCGAUGCCUUCUGCCAGUCCGCAGAUCAUGAGUCAGAACGGCCAACAGCAGCAACAGCAAAUGUUCGAGCAGCAGCACCCUUACUUCGUGCAGCACCCGGUUGCCCUGAGUAUGCCCGUGCCGAUGGCGAUGCUGCCUCCUCAUGCGCAGCAGAUGCUCUAUCCCGGGUUUACUCCUAUGCAACAAGGUCAGGACCAGCAGCAGCAAUGUCAGCAGCAAUGUCAGCAGCAAUGUCAGCAGCAAUGUCAGCAGCAGCAGCAGCAGCAGCAGCAGCACUUCGGUCAUGCCAGGCAGUACUCGAGCGGUGGUGAAUCAUCCGUCUUCAGCCCCGUUUGGAGUCCUGACCAGGGGACGUUUAUGUGGACUCGGAUGCCGCAGUAUGCUGUUGAGGGCCAAGCGGGCGAGCCGCAGAUCACUACUCCUAGGACCAGUGUUGGCUCGGAGGGAGCGAAUCCUGCCCAGGCUUUCCAUCAGCAGAUCGAGGAGGUGGUGGCCGGUGCCAAGAAGGCAGAGCCGAAGGAGGAGUCGAAGGCUCUCAAGGCUGGUGACAACAAUGAGUUUGUCCCGAAGUCUGCUCAGAGUACGCAGGAUAAGGUGAACACGAACUUGGUCGCUCCUGUGGAUCCUUGCAACUUGUUCGUGAAGAAUCUUGAUGACGACGUCGUCGCCUCGAAGAUGGACUUGGAUCAACUGUUUGGCUCUUUCGGAACAGUUUCUAGCAGUUACCUCGCCGUUUACCCCAGCAAUGGUUCCAACGUCGGUCUCUCUCGUGGAUUCGGUUUCGUGUCCUUCUUGAACCCUGCUGAUGCUGCCCGUGCUCGCGGUGAGAUGGAUGGAAAGAUGAUUGGUCGCAAGCGUAUCUUCGUCAGCUGGGCUGAGAAGAAGGAGGAUCGUAUGAAGCGCCUUGCGAAUGUCUUUGCCGCCCCAACAGAGGAGCCGCAGAACGUGCUUGCGCUCGCUGUGGACAGUUUUCCUAUCUUUGAGGAGCAGGCGGAUGAACCGAACGAGGCGAGUGUGAGUCCUGUCAGCAGUGUUGUCGAGGAGGUAAAGGAGACUUCUAGGUCGGAGAACCCCGCUGGGGCAGACAGUCCUCCGAGUGGAGAAGAUCUCUCAGCCCCUGCUGCUGCCGUCUUGCAGCAGUUUCGUGGCACGGCGCUUCACCAGAUUGACGAGGUUGAGGAAGAGGAGUCCAUCAAGAAUAGUCCGCGUGCGCGUGGAGGUCCUGCUGCUGCUCAGCCUACCGAGUUGAUCCAGGCUAUCGCAUCCUUCGACAUCUACCGCGACAACACGCCGCAGCCGAGGCUUCCGCCCAACGUUAUCAUCGCCCCGAAGGAGGCACCCUCUGUUCCCUCUACUGCUCCUGCCAGUCAUGCCAAUAAUGGUCACUCUCACAGCACUGACACCGAUACUCCCUUCACGGAACAAUCGUCCACUGCGGAUGUUACUGCCUCUGUAGAGUCUCAGGAGUCAACCAAGAGCGCUCCCGCUGCUGUCAUGCGUCCGCUCGCUGCCAACCCCACUGUCAAGCCGAAGCGUAGGACCAUCUUCGGCUGGGCCAGGUCUAAGGAUUCCACGAAAGCUUUGCUCGGGCAGGACUCCAACAGUGAAAGUGAGGGGGAGAAGAGCAAGGUCACGGAGCAGAUCAAAGAUACGAUUGACGGGAAGGGGCACCCGAAGAAGAGUAUGAGUGAGGAUGCAGGCCGGGCUUCCACGGAGUCGGUUGGAUGGGAGGUUACUCCCGGAGGGAAGAAAAAGCAGAGAAGGAAGUGGGGAAGUGUUGGUAGUUUGAGCGGAUGGACUUCUGGAGGAAGUGCAAGCGAGAAGGAGUAGAAGUGGAGUGGAGUGGAGUGCAGUGCAGUUUGCAUUGCUUGUUUUUCGCUUUCCUUGCAUUGUUGGCAGGGCGGGGAUCAUAUAUGGACACGGAUGGCUGGCGUAUUGUGCUAUUUUGCUGGCGCUUUUCCUUUCUUCAUACUUGCAUUACUAUAUCUGGUAUACCCUCUAAUUCAAUCAACAUAAACUAGCUAUUUGCU